AUGGAAAAAGAGCAGAUUUUCAAGGAGGAAGACCUGCUGGACAAGGUGGAGAUCUGGGCACUGAAGUACCGAUGCGCUCACCCUCUCUGGUUGGGAAGUUUCUCAGCAGUCCUGGUUGUCACGGAUCCUGACUAUGCCAAGACUCUGUUGGCCAGAGGAGAUCCCAAGGAUAACAUCAGCUAUAAUCACCUUGUCCCGUGGAUCGGGAAUGGGUUGCUGAUCUUACAUGGACCAAAAUGGCACCAACAUCGAAAACUCCUGACUCCGGGGUUUCAUUAUGAUGUCUUGAAACCUUAUGUGGCCCUGAUGGCAGAGUCUGCUAAUGUGAUGCUGGAUAAAUGGGAACAGCUCAUCACAGAUGGGAAACCAGUGGAGCUCUUUGAGCAUGUCAGCUUGAUGACUCUUGAUAGCAUCAUGAAAUGUGCCUUCAGUUGUCACAGCAACUGCCAGAACAACAGGAAAAACACCUACAUCGAGGCUGUCUACAACCUGUGCCGCAUGGUGCACCAGCGCCUUCGCGUCUUCCCCUACCACAAUGACAUCAUUUACUGGCUCAGCCCCCACGGAUUUCAGUUCAGGAAGAGCUGCCAACUUGCUCACGAACACACAGACAAAGUGAUACGCGAGCGAAAGUUGUCCCUUAAAGAUGAACAGGAAUUUGAAAAGAUCCAGAAGAAGAGACAUUUGGACUUCUUGGACAUUCUGCUGUGUGCCAGA